AUGGUCCCGCUCUUCCUGAGCCGCCACACAAACACUCAAGCUGACUUCCUCGGUAUAUCCUUGCCCGUCUACCAACUAAUCCAUCACUGGCUGGGACGCGUCGUGGUCACCCAAGGCGCACUCCAUUGCGGGUUUGGCUUUCAGUCUCUUGUGCUCAGCCCAAGCAAAGUCGCUGGAGCUGUAGCGACCGUGCUUCUUCUAAUUACCAUACUACUAUCACUGUUGCCAGUGCGGAGCGCCCACAGCGUGCUGCUCACGGGCUCGUUUUUGUCGUUUCCCUCCGUCCUGUGCAUGGUGGCCGGGGGGCUUUUUACCACCUCCGCUUGCCUUCGCUUGAUCCGGAAGAUUUACCGGGGGAAGCCGCAGGUCACUGAAUUUUUUGUACUCGAUGAUACCGCCACAAUAUGGUUGCGUCUUGGCCACAGCAUCCAAACUCGACCGGGUACCUAUUUCUACCUGCGAUUUCCAGACCUGCCCCUCCGACUUCGCUUUCAAAGCAUCCUAACGCCGGUGGCUUUUUGGCGAGCCGAAACCCGCGGAUCAAGCAAGGAGGUUGCCUUUUCCAUACCAUCGCCACAUUCAUUGGCAUUAAAAAGUCUUCGUGAGCGCCAUCAUGAGUUUAAUGUCAGCAUCGAGGGGCCAUAUGGGGGAGGACUGCACCCUGGAUUGUAUGAUCUUGUCAUUCUUGUUGCAGAGGGCUCAGGAAUCGCGGGCGUACUACCAUUUGCCCUCUCUAUCCUAUCGCGCCGAAAGCAAGACGAGGAAGACAAGGCGAACAGCACUGCCCAGCCUGAGCUCUACUGCGAUAAGACCAGAAAAGUGGACAUCGUCUGGAAACUGGAACAUAAUUCUCAGGUUCAGGAAGCAAAAGCCUUCUUCGAAGACAUAUCAAAGAUGGAAGUUUUAAUCCAUGAGGAUCAUUCUGAACGAUCACCCCACCGGCAAGACAGUCCUCGCGGAGGUAUGCAGCCGCUCCAGCAGACGUCCGGGCACCUGAAGGAGGCUCAGCAGGAAGAUACAGAGCCGCUCAAAUGGGAACGGAGAAAGAACAUAUCCAUGCGACAGAAGCGAUGGGAGAAGCGAUGGGAGACGCGUUGGCAAGAGCAUUACAAAACGUCCGAUGAGCACCCUGCAUUGUUAACAACCCUCAUACGUAAGGAAUCAAACCGGACUCCUGGUAAAAGCAUUCUCAUUGCGUGUGGUAGUGGUCACUUCUGUCGUGUCGCGAGGGUGGCCGCUCGUGAAAGCAAUUCAUCAAUCAGUUUCAGGGAAGUAGACUACCAGCCCACCAGCCCGUGCAGUGAUCGAGGGAGCAAGACUAAGACUACUUACGACUUCAAGGAGAUGACCGAUCCCGAGACGCCGCGCAAGGAGAUUCCGCGCCUUCCCAUGCAACCGAAGCAGCGGAGGAGAUCGUACAGAUUCGGCCACGUAAGGAGCUCUAGUGGCAGAGUGGGAGGGGGGCACAGGGACUUGGCGGCAAGCUGCUGGACAGCGAUAUCAUGGGCCAUUGCUUCAGCAAUAUGGAACACAAUACCCCCCAGGCUCCAAAGGCUAAACAGCGGCGCCGUAACAGACCUCUGCCGCUUCAACUCCCAGAUCCACCAGCUGCAAGACGUCGAGCUUAUAGACCGCCGAGACCGCCGACACCAUAUCCCCCCCAUCUCUCCUCAAGAGUCUCAGCUCGAUCCCUGCAGCCUCGUACCAUCACAAUAA